UACCAUUGUAAUUACUGCCAAAAGGACAUAUCGCACGUACCGCGCAUCAAGUGCGCAGAGUGCAAAGACUUCGACCUUUGCCUGGAAUGCUUCUCACCCCACAAAAACACACACGACUACCAGGUGGUGGAGAACCUCUCCUUCCCAAUCUACCAUCCCGACUGGGGGGCGGAUGAGGAGAUCUUGUUACUGGAGGCGAUUGACAUUUAUGGUCUGGGUAACUGGCCGGGGGUUUCGGAGCACGUAGGUGGCAAGAACCCCGCUCAGUGCCGUCAGCACUACUUCGCGGUGUACAUUGACCAUGACAUGAUGCCGCUACCCAGGCCCACGCCGGAGAUGGCCCAGCUGCAUAAGAAAGAAGUCUGUCCCUGGCAAAGUCUCCUCACCCGUAUAUUUCCCCCCCCCCAUAUUCCCUUCCCGUCCGCCCGCCCGCUACUUCCCCCCCGCGGCGGGUCGUACGACGCUACCGGCUUCCAUCCCAAGCGCAUGGAGUUCGACCCCGAGUACGACAAUGACGCAGAGUGUAUCGUGGCGGAUAUGGAGUUCAGCGAGUACGACAACCCGGCGGAUGUACAACUGAAGCUGCAGAUGUUGAUGUUGUACAACAGGCGGCUGGACGAGCGUGAGCGGCGGCGUGCCUUUGUGUUGGAACGCAGUUUGCUCAACACCCGUGCAGCUCAGGCGGUGGAGAGGCGGCGAAACACACAGGAACGGGAUCUGUACGCCAGAAUGAGAGUGUUCGCACGAUACCAGUCCCAGUCGUCCCAUGACGAGCUUGUGGAGGGUCUGCUGCUCGAGGCCCGCAUGCGCACCCGCAUUGCUGAGCUGCGGGAGUACCGCCGGAACGGCAUUCGGACGUUUGUGGACGCGGAGGUGUACGACACUGAGAAGCGGCGCCAGAAGGCGGCGGCAGACGCCGCUGUUGCGGCGGCAAAUGCAGUGCAUGGGCAGCCGUACAGUGGGCCCGGGCGGGGCGCUGGGAAGGCUAGGGCCGCCGCGGCAGCGGCGGCUGCCGCCGCUGCCGCCGCGGCGGCGGCAGCCGCCGGAGGCGGCAUGAUGCAGCCGGGGUACGGCACUCCUUUGGGCGACGACGGACUUCAGCUGGCGCUGGCGGCCAAGCGGGGGGUACCUCUGGACAUCACCUGCAUGCCCGGGGUGGAGCUGCUGGGCUCCAGGGAGAGGGAGCUGUGUGCGGCGCAGCGCCUGCUGCCCUGCCACUACCUGGCCCUCAAGGACAUGCUGCUAAGGGACUGUGAGAAGAACGGAGCCAUCACAAAGGCAGAUGUGAGUGGCUCUCCCUUCCUCCCUUCCUCCCUCUCUCACUUUUCUCCACUUCUCUCUCCCUCUCCUUUUCUCCCUCCCUCCAGUGUAUGUGUGUGGAGGUAUUCAACUAGGCAUAUCUAUGUGGUUGGCUGA